AUGAGAGGGCACUCACACAAGCACGGAAACCCAAACGCAGUCAAUAAUUUCCAAGACGCCUUCUACCAAGCAUGCGGAUUGACCAUGAUGCGAAGUGUUUGGCCGUGUUUCUUUCGUCGGGAUCUACUGUGUGGACCUUACUUUCUCAGUCUUACGGAUCUGCAUCAGAGUAAUAUCUUCGUUGACAAAGACUGGAAUGUUACGUGCAUUAUUGAUCUGGAGUGGGCAUACACACGGCCAGUGGAGAUGAUUCAUCCGCCAAGCUGGCUAUCCAAUCAACCGUUGCAGCUUAUUGAAGAUGAUCAUUAUAUCCCUCUACAUGGAGAGUUUAUGGCUAUCUUUGAGGAAGAAGAGAAAGCUCUCGGUCCGGAGAUGCAGCCGCCUUUUCCAUUAUACCCAAUCAUGAAACAGGGGCUGGAGAGAGGAACUUUGUGGUGCUCUUACGCUUGGAACAGUCCAGGCGCUAUAUUUGAUAUGUUCUAUAGGCAUAUUCAGCCGCGUUUCGCUAAGAGUCACAUUGAUGAGGACUCUUUUUGGCUGAUCACUAUGCCGUAUUGGGGGUUUGAUAGUUAUCAGUUUCUGGAAGAUAAGCUGGAGGACAAGGCGAGGUACGAUGAGGAUCUGCGAAAGAUGUUUGAAAGAACGGUGGAUGAGUACGACGCUACUGAGUGA